CUUUUUUCCCUCGCCGACAGAACACGGUCUAUGGAGAGAGAGAAGCAUACUGUUUCCAAGUUGUUAACGCGGUUUUGUUUUUGUCAUGUUUAUAAUUUAUAAUAAUAACAAAAUAAUAAAUUUGGUUGGUCGUUUGAAAUUCAAAAGGAAAAAAUAUAAAAUUUGUGACGCUCCGGUGGCGACGAGAGGGGAGGAGCAGAGAUCUCUGGUUCGUUUUUUUUACUGUUUUCCCGGAAAAUCCGGCAAGGAAAAGCUAACAACAACAACAACAACGAACCUAAGGAGAAAAAUCGUUUCCUUUCACUCCACGAGUUUCCACCUCUCUCUUUCGUAACCUCUCAGCGUCUCUUCCUCGUUUUCUCUCUUCUUUUUUUCUCUCCUCGAAAAAAUCUCAACACAUCUUAGAAUAGGGUGUGUGUGGUGGUGGUAAGAUAGAUAGAUUGAUAUAGAGCGGCAAUCAAAUGCUAACGGAUCGAGGGAGGCGAGUUUCUAUCUGUAUUGGGACUCUUGACUAUGGCCACCGAAAAUUCCGUGGUAACGGUUGUUACGGCGGUUUCGUUGACCGAUCGUCGGAGAGAUGCCGCGAAUGGAGUCCUUCAUCAGCUUCGAGAAUUCUCCGUAUCUCCUCUCCCACCACGUCUCCACCGUCGGCGACUUCUCCCGUCUCCCUGAAUUGCUCCUACUCUAACAACGGCUCCGCUGGCGGCUAUAUCGAGCAUCGUGUCUCCAAGUUCGAUACUCUAGCCGGCAUUGCCAUCAAGUACGGUGUCGAGGUAGCAGAUAUUACGAAGCUAAAUGGACUUGUAACUGACCUUCAGAUGUUUGCUCUCAAGUCUCUCCGGAUUCCAUUACCUGGGAGGCAUCCUCCUUCUCCCUGCUUAUCUAACUCCUCCUUCAGCCACGGAGAGGAUUGCUCUGAGCAAGUUUCAUCAUGCAACGGCAACCUCCAAGAUGUGUUUGACCCCUUCCAGUCAUUGCGGGAGACGAAGAAGAUCUCUCCAGCCAUGGACUCCCUGCAAGGUUACUACGGUCUGAAACCAACGAACAGGAGAGCUUCCGAAGCUUCUCAUCUCCAAGACAAUGAUCAGUACCUCAAACCGUUCCCAGCCACCAGUACUCCUUUAAACCAGCACAGAAAAUCCAGAAGCUUGGUUGAUGCAGUUAUCGCCGAGGUCAACCAAUCAUCAUCCAACGGGUACAACAAGGAAGUGGAUUCCGCUGAUAAGCCAAUCAGAAGACGCCAAAAAUCUGAAGCUGAUUUCAUUUCGAGAACACCAGAACCGCUUCUGAAGAAGGAGAGCAGAAGCAGCAGCAGUGGCGUGUUUUCUGCAAUAGCCGGGAAAGGUUUAGCACUUAGACCCAAAGCAGCAGCGAGCAGAACUAACUCGCCAGCAGAUACUAAUGGUAAUACCAAUCCAGUACCAAUCAAUCUGAUGGAUGCUCCUUUGGGAGACAGCUUCUCAAGCGUGAGGAAAUCGUUUAGCGCCUCUAUUCUGCAAGAACCGGUCAACAAGGGUGGUUCGUCAUCAUCAUCGCUAUGGACAAGCUCCAAGUGGACACUGAAAGCAGAUUUGCUCCAACAAGCAGCCAUGGCAAGGUCUAUCUUUGACGGAUUGCCUAAGCCUCUAACUGGUCGGAGAAACAAAAAGGCUAUGUAGCUUCUUCAUCUCUUAAACUUUAUUGACUGACGACUGUGUCCCAAAAAGCAAGAGAAGCUAGUAGGUAAAAUUACAAGUAGAGUGUACAUUGCACUGCAUUGCAUUUAAUUUAAAAACAAUAAUGCAACUUGUGUUGUGACUUGUGAGUGAGUGUUAUGUUAGAUCGGGCACUAAAUGUAUUUUUGUGUAUGUUUGAAAUAAAAAAGUUGCAAUGAAAAAUCAUUUUGAUAUU